CAAAGUGGCCAUGGUAUUUGCUAGGACUUUUUCCAUGGAACUGUGGCAGUUGCUGGGCAUUUGCCGCUGCUGGCGUCGUAGAGGGCGUUUACAGUUGGAAAUAUAAGGAAAAAGUGAGCUUAUCCAAACAGGAGUUGGUCGACUGUGCACGCAAAGAGAACGGAUACAGCGGAUGCAAAGGCUGCGGUGGCGGUGUGGGCUCUCAGGCGCUUGAGUACAUUAGAAAGAAUGGAAUCGUUCUCACUGAGCACUAUCCGUACAACGCCGAACAGGCGACUAAGUGUCUCCGCCCAAACAGAAAGCCGUUCAUUUCCCCAGGAACAUUUGAUGUUGGUCAACUGCCAGCUAAUGCCAAUGCCACACAAAUCAAACAAGCGCUCACAAAAUACGGUCCCCUUUAUAUAACAAUUGUGGCGGGUGAAAAUGAAUUCAAAAACUACGAAAAAGGAGUGUUUACUGUACCUACAGCUUUUUUAAAAUCAAAAGCUAAAGUUAUUGAUCAUGCAGUAGUGUUGAUUGGUUAUGGAACUUCGCAAAUCGAUGGCGAAUCUUACUGGAUUAUUCGCAACAGUUAUGGCAAGAGUUGGGGCGACAAUGGUUUUGGACUUUUGGGGCAAAGUACAAAAGCUAAAGAAAUUAACUAUACUUACUGGUAUUUUCUAGGACUUUUUAAAAGGAACUGUGGCAGUUGCUGGGCAUUUGCCGCUGCUGGCGUUGUGGAGGGCGUUUACAGUAGGAAAACUGGUCACCGGAAAGGUGUGAGCCUUGCCAAACAGGAACUGGUCGACUGCGCCCAUGAAAAGUACGGAUACGCCGGAUGUGAUGGUUGCAAUGGGUGUCGGGGUGAUGAGGCGCUAGAGUACAUACGCCAGAAUGGAAUUGCCCUCACUGAAAGUUAUCCGUACUACGCCGAACUAGGCACUAAGUGUCUCCGCUCAUCAGUGAAGCGGUUUAUUCGCCCAGGAGCAUUUGAAGUAUGCCAGCUGCCAGCGGAUUCUAAUGCCGAAAAGGUGAAAAGUGCUCUAAAGGAAUACGGCCCUCUUUAUAUAGAAAUUGUAGCGGGUGAAAAUUAG